CUGUGUUGACAGAGUUUACAGAGAGAGUUUCUGAGUCAGUCUCACAGACUGUGCAGAUCAGCUGUUGGUGCAGAUCAGCUGUUGGUGCAGAUCAGCUGUUUGAGUCUAUUUCUUCAUCACUGAUAAGAUCAAUCAAUCAACCAUGAACCAUUCAGAGUGGACACGCAUCUUUGGACAGAAGACAGGGGAGCUGAAAGACUCCUGGCGUCUGGAGUUCGAUGACAAACUGGUUCCAAAGUCCCCAAAUAAGGGCUGGAAGAUGACCGUCAGGAGCACCUGUGCCAGGUUCAGAUGCAGCAAGUGUGGAAGAACCUGGGCUUCCAACAAGGCCAUGGUGGUCUUCCACAUGCGCCUCUCGUACGGGCAGGGCAUCGCCAAGGCCAAGGCUCUCCAUCAGAAGUGUAAGACCUGCGACGAAGGUCCGAUGCAGGAGCCCAUCAUGAGCCGGGGGAACAUCGCCAUCCUCCUGGAGAACCUGGUGGAGCAGAUCAGAGUGAAGUGCUACAACGAGGACAUGGGAAAGAAGUCCAGACACUUCAGAAGCUUUGAUGCCAAGAGUCCCCACGAGCCGGCCCACUGCGAGGGCUGCAAGCUGGGUAUCUGCCCGAAGAGCCGCUGAGGAGCUGAGGAGCUGAGAAGCUGAGGAGCUGAGGAGCUGAGGAGCUGAGGAGCUGAGGAGCUGAGGAGCUGAGGAGCUGAGCCGCUGAGCCUUCAAACCACUGCUUCAAUACAUGUUUAGAUGAGCUGUGUUUCUCUUUAAAGGUGACAUAUUCUGCUCUUCUUCAUCAACAUAUAUUGGUCUAAGAGGUCCCCAAAACAUGUCUUUAAAGUUUAUUGCUCAU